UAUGAUAGCCUAAGUGACAGUUGUAAAAUGUGUCCCAUAGGAUUCUAUCAAGGACAGGAAAACUCCCUUGAGUGUAUUACUUGUUCAACAGGAUAUACAACCAAAAGUAUCGGCUCAAAAUAUGUCAGCCAAUGUCAAGCUUAAUUAAUUUUGGUGGUUAUUAUUAUAAUGUUCAGGUCCUUGCAAAGUAGGAUUUUAUUCUGAGACUGGUAUGAUACCAUGCUUACCGUGCCCAGAUGGUGGUACAAGUGAAAGAGGCAGUAGAAAAUGUACCCCUAAACAACCACACCCUGUUAUCGAAGAUAAUUGUAAAUCUUCUCCAUGUGGAAAUGGUACCUGUCAAAAUCGUAAGGAUAACUUCACUUGUUCAUGUUUUUCUGGUUAUCGUGGGGAUAGAUGUGAUAUUGCUAUAGAUGUUUGUACCAACAGUCGAUGUGAGAAUAGUGGAAGAUGUACAGCUGAUGGAAAUGGUUAUUACACUUGUCUCUGCUCUAAACAGUUCACAGGAUUCUUUUGUCAGUUAUCAGCUUUAGAAGGCAAUCAUUCAAGAUGGGAAGAAUGGAGCCCAUGGAGUAAUUGUAGUGCUAAGACUUGUGGAGAAGGAAUGCAGAACCGAUCAAGAAUCUGUGUCAAAAAUGCAGAACAAACUCCUUGUCAUGGGGAACCAUCUGAAAAAAGAUUUUGUAACAAAGCAAAAUGUCCAGUUUGUUCGAGUGAUGAUCUCCUGAAACCUUUUGGAACAUCUGUUAACUGUUCUGGUUCAGCACGAUCUACUGUUUGUCGUCCUGUCUGUGAACCAGAGUUCGUAUUUAAAACCAAACCUCCAGCAUAUACCUGUAUAAACAAUAAAUGGUCUCCUAGUAAACUGGUACAACCCUGCGUACCCGUUUCUUUCUGGUUUAAAUGGUCACCAUGGUCGGAGUGUACAUCACAGUGUUCAGGUGAACGAAUGCGAGUAAGGAAGUGUAAUUCAACCCAUGAGCAUGAUAAAUCUCGGCAUUGUCCUGGUCAAGAUUUUCAGAAGAUGUCUUGUAAAAGAAAAACUAAUGCAACAGAAGAUGUUUGUAAUGAUUGUAGUGAAGAUGAUUUAGUAUCAGCAUAUGGUGUAUCUGUAAACUGUACCAAGAAUGAUAGUUUAACUUGUAAACUCACCUGUGAUCCUGGACUGGUAUUUAUAAAUGAACCCCCUGUCUUUACCUGUAACAACGGAUUAUGGACGCCAAGUAAAAACCUAAUACCAUGUACAAAUAUUGUACAACCUGAAUCUCUGUCUGUCAAGUUUAUUACACAAUAUCCCGAACUUAAAUGUGGAGACAGUGAGACUACCAAUGAUAUUAAAUGGCAGCUGCUGAACAAAUCACAUGCUAUUACUUGUGUGUCAUCUAAUAAAUGUCAAGUAGAGGUCAGGGAAAUUCCGUGUGAAACUAGAGUUCGUAUUCAGAUGAGUUUAGAAAUAAAUACCCCCGCUAACAAUCAGUCACAACUAGAAGAUUUUGUGGAAGAUGGAACAAAAAGUGUUUUACUAUCUGAGUUAGAGACAUCUAUACGUGUAUUAGAUGAAUCCAGUCUCUUUGUAAAGAAAUCAGAUUUUACCGUAACUGUAAAUAAAGAAGCAACAUGUGAAAAACUUGAGACAAGUUUGGGAUCUGUAAAAUGUCCUAAUGGGACACUCACCCAAGGAUUGCUGUGUGUCAAAUGUCCUCCUGGAACAUAUUUUGAGGCCAAGACAUGUCAGAUGUGUUCGAUAGGAACUUAUCAGAUCUAUCCUGGAAGACAUUCCUGUGAAUCAUGUCCAACUGGAACUACAACAAAGAAUGUGGGAAGUUUUAAUGCAACAGCCUGUUUGAUUAAUAAUGAGGCAUCGUCUAAUAUAUAAACACUGGUUGUAAGGUUGACAAAUAUUGCCUUACCUGUUCUAGAGUUGACUCAUUCGUAACCGUAUCAGUUUUUUAAUUGACAUUUUGACACAAUUUAGGAUGGAAUAUGUUCAAAAAUUGUAAGUUUAGAGAUAAGUAAAAUUAUUUUUAUUCUUAUAAUGUUUUUUAAAUGUCAUAUACUUAUUUGGGAUACAUCCAGAAAAAUC